AUGCAGCAGUCUGGACCCUCCUGCCUGCAGCACAGUCUGGACCCUCCCGCCCCCAGCAGUCUAGACCCUCCUGAAGCUGCUCUCUCUCUGCCUGCCCGCAGCAGUCUAGACCCUCCCGCCCGCAGCAGUCUAGACCCUCCCGCCCGCAGCAGUCCUGACCCUCCCGCCCGCAGCAGUCUGGACCCUCCCGCCCGCAGCAGUCCUAACCCUCCCGCCCGCAGCAGUCCGGACCCUCCCGCCCGCAGCAGUCCGGACCCUCCCGCCCGCAGCAGUCUAGACCCUCCCGCCCGCAGCAGUCCGGACCCUCCCGCCCGCAGCAGUCUAGACCCUCCCGCCCGCAGCAGUCCUAACCCUCCCGCCCGCAGCAGUCCGGACCCUCCCGCCCGCAGCAGUCCGGACCCUCCCGCCCGCAGCAGUCUAGACCCUCCCGCCCGCAGCAGUCCUGACCCUCCCGCCCGCAGCAGUCUGGACCCUCCCGCCCGCAGCAGUCCUAACCCUCCCGCCCGCAGCAGUCUGGACCCUCCCGCCCACAGCAGUCCUAACCCUCCCGCCCGCAGCAGUCCGGACCCUCCCGCCCGCAGCAGUCCGGACCCUCCCGCCCGCAGCAGUCCUGACCCUCCCGCCCGCAGCAGUUCGGACCCUCCCGCCUGCAUCAGUCCGGACCCUCCCGCCCGCAGCAGUCCAGACCCUCCCGCCCGCAGCAGUCCAGACCCUCCCGCCCGCAGCAGUCCUGACCCUCCCGCCUGCAGCAGUCUGGACAUGAGAUAUGCCGUCCCACAAUUCCUUGCGGCAGCAACAUUUAAAGCGAGUCGCUCAUCCGACCGCUCAUGA